UUUACCUCGAGUUGCUGCCCUCGUCGUCCCCAGCCUGGGACUAACGUUACUGGUCAGCGCUGAGACGAGGCGUCCGGUAGCAGGAGACCUGCACCAAAGAAUGUGGAUAAACCUGUUGUAAGACAGCACAAACUUUAGUCCUACGUAAAGCAAUGGAGGUGCAGGACCAGGAGUCUCUGGGGAGAUGGGACGGGCUGGGUAGCCGCGAUGUCAGCUCCAGAACCGAGGCAAUGGAGAACAUCUGCCAGGACGUCAUGAGGAAAGUGGAGGCCAUUGGGCCCAUGCCAGCGUUGGCCCCCUCUCCCCCGGCUUCAGGAAGUCCCCCCAACAGCGACCUGAACGACAUCCUGGCUCAUCUUCUCAUGCUGUCCAAACGGUGUCCUUUUGAAGAUGUCAAGGAGCAAUGCAUUCGACUUCUCCAAGCUGUCCAGGACUUGGGAGUAAGGAUCCCAAGACCUCUAGGUAACGGACCAAGCAGAUUUAUCCCUGAAAAAGAGAUUCUUCAAGUCAGUAAAGUGGACGCCAGGACACAGUCGAUAUUUGAGGAUGCGUUUGCAGCCCUCGGUCGCCUGGACAACAUUUCCCUAGUGAUGGGCUUCCACCCGCAGUACCUGGAGAGUUUUCUCCGGACGCAGCACUACCUGCUGCAGAUGGAUGGGCCCCUCUCUUUGCACUACCGACACUACAUCGGCAUCAUGGCGGCAGCUAGACACCAGUGCUCCUACUUGGUCAACCUGCAUGUGAACGACUUCCUCCAGGUCGGGGGGGAUCCCAAGUGGCUGAACGGCCUGGAUGAAGCCCCACAGAAGCUGCAGCAACUCGGAGAGCUCAACAAAAUCCUGGCCCACCGACCUUGGCUUCUCACCAAGGAACACAUCGAGCGCCUUCUGAAGGCCGAGGAACACAGCUGGUCCCUGGCAGAGCUGAUCCACGCCGUGGUCCUCCUCACACACUACCACUCCCUCGCCUCCUUCACCUUCGGCUGCGGCAUCACGCCCGAGAUCCACUGCGACGGCGGACACACGUUCAGACCCCCCUCCCUCAGCCAGUACUGCAUGUGUGACAUCGCCAACGGCAACGGUCACGCUAAUCACCACGAUGACUUGCUGGGCAACCAGGACAUGUGUGGCGAGGUGGAGGUGCUGAUGGAGAGGAUGAAGCAGCUGCAGGAGUGCCGUGAUGAUGAAGAGGCCAGCCAGGAGGAGAUGGCAACUCGCUUUGAGAGGGAGAAGACCGAGAGCAUGCUGGUGGUCACAGCAGAAGACGAGGAGUGUGUCCCCUCCAGAGACAUUUCUCGCCACUUUGAGGACCCCAGCUAUGGCUACAAGGACUUCUCCAGGAGAGGGGAGCAUGUGCCCACAUUCAGAGUGCAGGACUACAGCUGGGAGGACCACGGAUUCUCUCUGGUCAACCGACUGUAUCCUGAUGUCGGCCAGAUGCUGGACGAGAAAUUUCAGAUGGCCUACAACCUGACCUACAACACCAUGGCAACACAUAAGGACGUGGACACCAGCAUGCUGCGCAGGGCCAUCUGGAACUACAUCCACUGCAUGUUUGGCAUCAGGUAUGAUGACUAUGAUUACGGGGAGAUAAACCAGCUGCUGGACCGUAGCUUUAAGAUCUAUAUUAAGACCAUGGUGUGUAGUCCUGAGAAGACCACCAAACGAAUGUAUGAGAGUUUCUGGAGGCAGUUUCAGCACUCCGAGAAGGUCCACGUUAAUCUGCUUCUUAUGGAAGCGCGAAUGCAAGCAGAACUGUUAUACGCUCUGAGAGCGAUCACCCGCUAUAUGACAUGAAGUGCUUUUGGCGUUUUUAUCAUUGUCAUUUUUUUACUGUCGUUGUUGCUCAUUAUGGGACACAUAAAGAAAAAAAUCAAAGGGGGUGGGGGGAUUUGACGAAACUGUGGAAGAGAGCUCUGGGUUGUGACGCUGGAUGUUAAGAAGAGGAUCAGAACAAAUGGAAAGCAAGAAAAAAGAGAACUGUUGGAGAAAAAUCAUCUCAAACUACAAGUGGAUUCAGAAACCCAGUUUGUGUUGCCUGCAGUGCCAAAACUGACCAAGAGAGGGCAGUCUGUAGCAAAUUCCUGCUCUGCUGGGGAGUUUGUGCCUGAGCACUGACACAGGAGGCAUCCAGGACAACAUUUCAGUAUUCCAGCUGGCAACACUUUGGUUGCCGUUCUCACCUGUCUCCUGGUAGAGUCGAGACCUCGAAAAUCCCCAGAAAGCAAGCUGUGCAGCCAGAAACGGUGCACUGUGAUUCUGUUGUCACUGUUUUGUUUGUUUAGUUUCUUUAAUAUCUUUUUAUUUCAUUUUGUAUCACAAGAAGUGGAUGUUGUUGUCGAUGUGGUUGCUGUUAGUGGUAACUGGAGAUGGACACAUUAACUUUGGGCGGUGUUUUUUACGUGUGCCUGAACUAUCCAGCACAGUGUGCAUACGUGCUGAUGCUGCUGCUCCCAUGUUAUACUCAGUGGGGUCAUAUUGAUCCCCAAGUCACCCCUCACCCAAUUCCCCUCAUCCCCAUUACAUAUGCCCCUGUCCAUUAGAAAUCCACUGCAUUACCUCCCCCCCUCCUGUCCUCUACCCACAUCCCAAAUCUCAAAUGUCAAAGUAAGCUAAUCUAAGGAGUGUGUGAAAACCAGUGAGGAGUAGAAAAAAAACUCAAAGAACACUGUCUGAGCCCUUUUUGAGUUUGACUGUAGCUGUAUGGAUGAGUUGUGUUCAUGAUGACUGAGGUGUGGAUGUUUGUGUGUGUUUCACAGAAAUGACAGAGAAAGGAAAAAAAAAUGUCUUGAAAUUUCAUGUGUCAAAAAAAAGCGAGGCACUUUGAAGGAAAGACUUCUUGCUUCUGCUGUAGCUGUGUUAUUGUGAGAUAACUGUUUAUCAUUUUUUUUGAUGUCUUAUUUUUAUGGUAACGGGGGGGGGGGGAGAAAAAAAAGCUAAUCAAAAAGAAAGUUAGAAACCAGGUUUUCCAGGAGGGAUUUGCUUCCGGUUGCCCUAACCACACCUUGUCUGUCUUCCGCUUAUCCCAGCUGCCUGGUCAUCCUAACACUUUCAGAGCUUUGGAUUGUGAAUUUUACCAGUAAACAAAUACCUCUUCUGUUUUUCUCUAUAAAACAUAUAAGAAGUGCUCUUUGGUGAGCAGAGACUCUUUCUGGGCUGCCGUGUUCCCAUCGGUUGGGAGCCGGUGAACCCACACAGGGCCGACUGCGGUCGAUAGCUUUCGAACGCAAAAGGUUGUAGCUGUGCUUAUUUCCCUGUUGGGGAAGUCUAACCAGUGCAAAAGCAGCUUUUUUAUUUUGAACAGAGGUGUGAAACCUCUGCUGUUUUUUUUUCUUUUUUUGUUGUUGUUUACUAAAAUCAGUAAAGUACUGCAUUCUUCUGAGGCUGGACUGAGAGGAUCGGACAGAUGAAUGAUGGGGAGGAGGAGGGCUGACGAUAAAGGAAUGGUACAUUUGGAAGUGGUUUGAGAGGAAGUGGAGGGUUUUUUUUUCAAACUUCUGACUGAUGUCAGUUACUGACACUUUUUUAUAUGAAAAAUAUAUUUAAAAAAAGAAAAAAAUAAACUAUAAUAUUGAA